AGCAAUGCCAGUAGUUAGUUGUCUAUUGGACUUGAAUUGGUCAAGGUAUGUUUCGGAAAAUCGAGUUUUACUAUUUCGCGAUUCGUUACGUUCAGAUGUUAUCAUUUACACUAGUUUAUCAAUGAAUUAUUUUAUUAUUCGUUGCAUGCUGAGAACCUCUGACAUUUCAUAUAAUUUAUGCCAAGGCGUGUGCUCCAUAGGUGUGUAAUGUGGUUCAAUUUGGAGAUUUCCUUGUUCGCUGUUCAGGGAUAUAUAGAGAUCAUUCGUGAAAUAUACUUUCGGGGUAGUAGUGGGGUAAACGACUUAUUAACAAUCACGAGUAUCGCGAAAACGAUUUUACAGCGGGAGUGCCGGUGCAUGAGUGUUUAGUGAUCAAUGAACUCCGCGUUGCUGUAUAUUGGGGCGUGCUGUCACUGAUCUUAUUAAACCGGCAGAUAUGACAAUGUAAUAGUGAAUUAGAAAUCAAGUUUUCCAUAAGGAAAUAAUUUAUAGAUGGUCAUUCUACGAUUCUCAGUAGAUGACUGAAAAUGAACGAUAUAGAAAGUAUAAGCAUGAAAGGCAGUGGAGGAUCUAAAAUGCCUCAUAGUCAUUCAACUCCAGCAGGUGUGGAUGGAGGUAGUAGAACUCCUCCCACGACACCUAGGAAAGCUGGUAAAAUGCUUGCUGUUCGUGUACAGAUGUUAGAUGAUACAAUUACAAUGUUUCAAGUUCAGGCAAAAGCUUUAGGAAGAGUAUUAUUCGAUCAAGUUUGUAAGCAGUUACAUCUUUUGGAAGCUGAUUAUUUUGGCUUGGAAUAUCAAGAACUUAAUGGAACAAAAUAUUGGUUAGAUUUAGAGAAGCCAGUUUGUAGACAAGUUGGAUUAUCUUUGAUAGAUCCGUUAUUAAGAUUUUGCGUUAAAUUUUAUACACCUGAUCCAGCGCAAUUAGAAGAAGAAUUUACAAGAUAUUUAUUUUGUCUUCAAAUUAAAAGGGAUUUAGCUCAAGCUUUGUUACAAUGCAACGAUAAUACAGCAGCUUUGAUGGCGAGUUAUAUCGUCCAGGCUGAAUGCGGGGAUUAUGUGAUAGAGGAUUAUCCAGAUCAUACGUAUUUAUCAACUUACAAAUUUGUGCCUCAUCAAGAUCAAGAAUUAGAACGUCGUAUCAUGGAAAAUCAUAAAAAACACGCAGGUCAAUCACCAGCAGAAGCGGAUCUUAAUCUGUUAGAAACAGCACGUCGAUGUGAAUUGUAUGGAAUGAAAAUGCAUCCGGCUAAAGAUCACGAGGGUGCAUCGCUCAAUUUGGCAGUGGCACAUAUGGGAAUAGUAGUUUUUCAAAAUUUCACUAAGAUAAAUACAUUCAGUUGGGCUAAGAUCAGGAAAAUCAGUUUUAAAAGAAAACGAUUUUUAAUUAAACUUCAUUCAGAGGGUUACGGUUAUUACAAAGAUACCGUGGAAUUUUUUUUCGAAGGACGCAACGAGUGUAAAAAUUUCUGGAAAAAAUGUGUAGAGAAUCAUGGAUUUUUCCGUUGUUCAGUAGUGAAACGAGUGGUACGACAAAAAACGCGUGUUCUCAGCCGUGGGUCAUCAUUUAGGUAUAGCGGAAAAACUCAGAAACAAAUCGUGGAAUUUGUGCGGGAUAAUUACGUGAAGAGGCAAACGUUUCAAAGGUCCAAUUCGUUCCGGCAGACUAGCGGUGGUAGGGCAUUGCAGGGCUUGGAGGGGGGAGGCUAUCGUGGGGCCACUCCAAGCAGCUCCCUUAUGGGCAGCUCCAGCAUCUCUGCCCACCCCCUCCUGCCCCUCGGCGAUCCUGCCCUGGAAACCCCAGCUCUGUCUCUAUCAUGCGGCUCGAUGACACUGGAUUCUCCGACGACUGUGACGAGUGUCUCGAUGGGAGGGACGAUUCACCGUCGCGAAGACACAGCUACAUCGUUUCGGACGCUUACCUCCAUCGACGUCCAUUCCCCGGCCACGCCCAGCCAGGUCCCAGCACAGCGGCAGAUGCUUGUUGCCAGCAGCCAGCAGCGGAUUUCAUCAGCAGAUACCGAGACAGAUAAACAGGGGACACCGGCCAAGAGGCAACAGGAGAACAACAACUCGGUUUUCGCCAACGAGAAAUCCCCCGAGAAACGGACGAACGGUAUCGUAGUGGAAACGAGCAACGCCAGUAUGGUGAAUACCCCGGAUCUGAGCCCGGUGAAAAAUAUAAGGAACGGGGAGGUCGAGGAUACCGAAGUUCGAAAAACUAAGAGAUGGCCAACCGACAAGGCGUACUACAUAGCCAAGGAACUGCUUAUGACCGAGCGAACAUACAAGAAGGAUCUCGAUAUGAUAAACGUGAGGUUCAGGGAGGAGGUGUCUCGGGAGGGUAAAUUGGAGGGUGAGGCGGUGGUUUCGCUGAUCGAGCUUUUGGCGGAUGUUCACGGACCUUGCCUUCAAGAGAUGGAGGCGAGAUUGGAACGGUGGGAGAGCAACGCGCGUCACAACAUAGGCGAUUUCCUUUACAACACGUUGUUGAACGUGCUGCCCCUUUACGAUCAAUACCUCGAGAAUUUGAUACCCGUCCUCGAGAAGAUGGAAUAUUACACGAGGACGUCACGUCGUUUCGAUCAGCUGUGCCGCGAUUUCGAGGCCCAGAAGCAUUGUUAUUUACCGCUUACCUCAUUCCUCUUGAAACCGUUGCAACGGUUGUUGCAUUAUAACAGUAUUAUCGAUAGGUUGUUAGAUCAUUAUCCGAAAGAUCAUACGGAUUUCGAAGAUUGUUUGGCAGCGAGGGAUCGAUUAGGGGAAACGUUGCUCGAAGGACUUAGCAUAAUUAACCAAGCGGAAAAUCUGGUUCAGCUUUGCGAAAUGCAAAGGGACAUCAGCGGUUUCGACAAUUUGGUGCAGGAAGGUCGUAAAUUUAUCAGGCAAGGUUGCUUGCAGAAAUACAGUCGUAAAGGUUUUCAACAAAGGAUGUUCUUCCUGUUUUCCGACAUAUUGUUGUACACGUAUCACACCCAACAACCAACCCAAUGUUUUCGCGUUCACGAUCAAUUGCCGUUAAAAGGGAUGAAGAUUCGUGAUAGCGACAACAAAACUGGGUCGGAAUUUGCGUUCAUAAUCGACGCCCAAGGAAAUCAAUCCUUGAUAAUCGCUGCUACUAACGAGGAGGAAAAGGAAAGAUGGUUGGAAGAUUUGAACAUGGCCAUCGUGCAAGCGGAUACCGAUCCAAAGAUGCCAUAUUUGAAUUUAAAGUCUUGCAAUUCAACCGAUGAAAUGGGCGAUAAUAUCGGAUUAGAAGCGGACCGAGGAAGUUGUGGAGGUGCUAAAGCCUCUCAACGAAUCAACACGACUGUACAUAUGUGUUGGCAUCGUAACACGAGUAUCAGUUAUAGCGAUCAGUUGCGAGCGUUUCAAAAUCAACUUAGUGGAUUUCUGUUACGGAAAUUCAAGAAUAGUAAUGGCUGGCAAAAGCUUUGGGUCGUCUUUACCAAUUUUUGCUUGUUCUUUUAUAAAUCUCAUCGGGACGACUUUCCAUUGGCCUGUUUGCCAUUGUUGGGAUACACGGUGACCAAACCAUCCGAGAAGGAUGGUAUCAACAAAGAUUUUGUUUUCAAGUUGCAAUUUAGAAAUCACGUUUAUUUCUUCCGUGCUGAGAGCGACUACACGUUUGGACGACACAAAUGUAUUUUUCAGAUGGGUCGAAGUGAUUCGAAGCGCGACAUAGCAAAGUCACGUUCUUUCAAGAAAGGAAAAGAAGGAUAUUAACAUACGUGUUCUAUGCAAUUCCAAGUAACGAAACAUAUGAAUCGAAUAUCUUAUAUAUCAUUAAGAAUUUUCAAAGCGUUUUUCAUCCGAUAUAGUAUUAAAAGAAAUCUCAACAGGUUUAGAAGAGAAAUUUGUUAGCAAUAAAUUGAUCAAAACUUCGCGGCCUUAUUUCUGGGACUGAAAUUAAAUUAAUACGAUUAAGAUUGUAAUCGACAAUCAAAUUGAAAUUAAUUAUAUACAAAAAAAAAAAAAAAAGAAAAGAAAGAAAAAAAAAUAAAAAGAAAUGUAAAGACUGUGUAAAAAAAAUUAUAAAACUAUAAAAAGACGAAAGUAAGAUGUCUUAUAUAGAGGAAAUGUUAUGCUGAUGUUUUUAUCUGGAUAUUCUAAAAAAUUUUGUCAAUAUAAAUUCAUUCUUAUCAAUUUUUUUGUAUUUAGGUUAAUAUGAGGAUAAGAAGAAUAAUAACUGAAAUGCAAAUAUUAUUGCAAAGAUCAAAGCAGAUCGUAUUUGAUUGGAAUUUAUAUUAGUAAUAGACGAAUCUAAAUGUGGAUGAUUAAAUUUCGAUAUCAAUGGUGAAAAACUAGAUAUAAGUAUUGGACCAAUUUUAUAGUAGAAUUAUUUUAGCCAUUCGCAUUUUAAAAAA